AUGCUAUCUCCAGUGAAACGAGAUGUUGCUUUGAAAUGGCUUGAAGGAGUACAGGAAGGAAUUUUGCAUCUUCACUCUCUUCGAUUGUGUCAUAACGAUAUUAAUCCCAGUAACAUCAUGAUCAGUGAAGAAAAUACGGCAGUCAUCAUAGAUUUCGACUCAUGUCGUCCGGAAGGAGAGCCGUUAGGGGAUAAAUCUGGCACAGAGGGUUGGGCGGACAGCUCCGCAACGCUUUCUCUACCCGGCAAUGAUCAAUACAGUUUCGAGCGAGUGAGAGAUUUUGUUUUAGAGAAUCUCAAAGGAUAAAGUUACUCAUGGGGAUGCGGGAGGAACCGUCAAUUUCGGAGCAACGGAUCAGUGCUCUUCGCUGUCGUCAGGUCCGACGUUACGAGGGGGGUAGAGUGGCCCAAAUUUCGUCUCCAAAGAUGUGCGAUCUGCUGCCGGAAUGACACCGUGUAUAUAUAACAUGUGCGAACAGGAGCCAGCCGCGUUGCGAUUGACGCACGACAUGUAAUACACGAUCUACAGCUCGCACUGGCAUCAUCCGCUGAUCAGGGAGGCCAUGGAGUGGAGAAGCGUGUUCACGCGUGUAUAUCGGAGAAAGAUACCGCCUUGGCGAGCUUGCAAGGGCUGGAGCGAGUCGCGGAAGUGAGAAGAGCUAAAAUUCCUUCUAACUGCCGGAGUGCAGAAUGCACCCAGAGAAUGACAAAUUACGGAUCAUUUGAAGCUGAAUUGGAGCCAAAUGAAACGGAGUUCGAAGACAUGACUGCCUAGUGCUUUUCACAGACAACAAAUUCACCAACGGCGGGAGACAACGCCUGUACUAUUACUGCAAAGUUACAUCGAAAUACUGGGAAGGUUGUGAAUCCUCCUGCUGUUGUCGAAAAAGCGUCAGGGCGGAAACACUAGCGAAAACCGAUCGCACAUGAAAGAGAAAGGACUGAAGUGUGCCAUAACAUGCAGGGCUAAACAGGCCGGUCAGCAUGGAGGAGGUCCAAACAGAGUGCUGUAGCGACAAGUGCAAGUCCUCGGACGAUGACGACGAUGAUUGGCUUUUCAAGUUUGAAUCAGAGGGGAAGUAUCGAGAUAAGACACUAUGGCACCCGUUUAUCCGAGUUGCAAAACUGGCUGCGGAGGCGAUAUUUCUCGUGUUGGUCUUGGAUGAGCUAGACACGUCAGGACUUAGCCAAAAGCGAGGAUCGAGGGAAGGGAGUGCAAGCACGCAUUCAAAAUCUUACGCGUUCCCUGGAGGGUUUGAAUCCAUUGGAGAUAAAGAACUGUGAUGAUUACUGCGAGUAGAUUGUCGGACAAAA